AAACUAAAUCCAGAAAGAGGUUACAGUUUUGGUGAGAGAGGUGUGAUUCCAGCAAUGGAUCGUCAUGCUAUAACCAUUACUACUACUUUUCUUCCCUCAUUAUUGCCACCUCCUCAUUCUCUCCCCAACUGCAUUUUCUAAUCCUUCUUCAAAUUCCCUUCCUCAAUCCAAACCUCGUCCAAUCGUUUCAUUCCGCUUCAGUUUUGACUUUUUCAUGACCAAUUUGUGAUCCUGUUGAAGUUCUGAUUACAGUUACUAAAGGAUGUGAUUGGGAUGUAGCUAGUGAGAUGGGACCAGUUUACCGGAUAAUGUUUUGAUGACAUUCUGUGCACUUUGCUGCUUUAUUUUGGGUAUAUUUGCAUGGGAAGCUUGAUGUACCUGCCUGACAAUAACGAGAACGGGAUGGCUAGGAAAGUUGUUCUGCAUAAGAGAUAUGAUGGUGGUUUUGAAGCUCCACGAAAUAGUAUGGAACUGCCAGUUGAGUCAUCCUAUGGAUUAUAUGCUGCAAGAGAUAAUAUAUUGGUACAAGCAUAUGCUCAUCACAUGACAAAGGAAUUAUCUGGUGAGGACUACUACUCCACUGAGGCUCCAAUGAAGAAGUUAAUAUGUGAAGAGAUUUCUAAAAGACCUGAUUUAAGAUCAAAAUCACCAAGCGUAGUGGCUCGCCUAAUGGGAGUUGAUGUGUUACCUUUUGAUUCAAAACCUGGGAUGCAACUGACUGAUAUAAGAAAUGGAAGUCCAGUGGACAAGUUUAUGGACGAGAAUCGAUCUAAGAAGGGCUCAGUUGGUCAUACAGUCUCUAUCCCCAAUUGCUCCAAGCAGAUAGAAGUUGAUCACACUGGUCGUUAUAUUGAUGGCUAUCCUUAUCAGUCCAGCAGCAGGUUGAAGUCGAAUAGACCUAAACCCAGGGAACAUCCUCAAGAAGAGGAGCUACAGAAGUUCAAGCAGGACUUUGAAGUAUGGCAAGCAGCACGAUUUAACAAAUGUUCUAAUUUUGUAAAAUUUGACAGUCCUCCACCCGAGCUGCUUGCACAAGAAGAACUCAAUAGAGAGAAGAUGUAUCUUUAUGCUACUUCUUGUAGAACUAACAAGUGUGAGAGCCUAAGGGAAGAUGAUGAUCUAUCAGAACUAAAUGAUUCCUGCAACAUGCUUGACUUUGAGAGGGUUGCAAAGAAAAAUUUACGCUAUUCAGAUGGGGGAAAGGAAUCUUUACAUCCAAAUAGAGGGAUAAGAACAGACUUUAGGGCCUCUCAACUCAUGAGUUCUGGUCAUUUGCUUAAUAUUGUUUCAGCUCCUUCCAAGAUUGUGGUUUUAAGGCCUGGUCCUGAUAUGACAAGUAUCAGUGAUGGUUCGUGGGGCAAUACUCCCAGCACUUCAGCAGGGGCAGAUACUAUAGAAGAUUUUCUUGCAGAUGUGAAGGAAAGACUAGAGUCUGAGUUGCAAGGUAAAUGUUCUAAGAGGAGCACAACUGUGAGAGGACGAGGGAUUGAGACCCCUUACAGGGAAAAACCAUCAAAAUCAAGAGAAAUAGCUGAGUGUAUCGCACAAGAGGUGAGAGAUAGUGUCUCAAGGGAUCUUGGGAUGAAUUUACCUCGUUCUCAGUCUACAAGAUCGUACAGAAGUGGAAUUCAGAACGGAACAGGUUCUCCUGAGUUCAUCAACAGAGAUACAAGGAAAUUCUUAGCAGAGAGGUUGAGUAAUGUUCUUAAAGGAGAAAGACAUCGUCAAGCUGUCCGUAAUAGUUCAACGUUUUCCAUGUCAGAUUUUGAGAAGGGUAAACCCGGACAGUUAAGGAGUACAUGGACUGAAAAUAAAAUGCGCCAUCAUGAUAGUUUUAGAAAUGAAUUACAAAAGCGCAGCUGCUCUUUCAGAGAGGAUCCUGAUGAAGUUGGGAUGCACCACCAGGAAGACAUGUCUCCGAGGAACCUAGUGAGAUCUUUAUCAACUCCAGUCUCGGUAUCUGGAAGAUCAUUUGGAAAUCUCCUUCUGGAGGAUCGCCAUGUACUAACUGGGACACAAAUCAGGAGGAAGCAUGAAGCAACUGAGAAGGUCCCCAUGAACAUUAAAAAACAGAAAAAGGAUAAAUUUAACAUAAGGGAAAAGGUUUCGAGCUUUCGAUACAACUUGACGCUCAGAGUGAGACUGUUCCGUAGGAGAGUGAAGUCUAUGGAGAGAUCCAGUCAAAACAAAAACAACCUCUUCAACAAUAUUCCAAAUGGACCAGUAUCCAUGAUGAGUUUCUCUGACACACAUGGGAAUUCCACUGAAGUGCCACCCAGCCCCGCAUCCGUGUGCAGUAGUGUUCAUGAUGAGUUUUGGAGGUCAAAUGACUACCUAAGUCCUAUAUCAUCAUCAGGUGGACUUCAACUGGAGGACAGCGACGUGUCCAAUGUUUUCAGAGAAAUAAACUCAAAUUUGACGGAGUUGCGGAGGAAAUUAGAUCAAUUUGAAGGAGCUUGUCUAGAGGAAACUAUGCAUGAACCACAUCCUGCAGAAGUUGAAACAGAUAUAGAGGACCAAUCUGAAGCCUACAUUAGAGAUUUGUUGAUUGCUGCUGGUCUGUAUGAUGAUUCAUUUAGUCGAUCGCUGUCAAAAUGGACACCACUUGGUAAGCCUAUCACCGCCCAGGUCUUCGAGGAAGUUGAAGAGAUGUAUAAAGAAAGCACCAAGGUUAAAGAUCAGGCAGAAAAAACAAAUCACAAGAUGAUAGUUGAUUUGUUGAAUGAAGUGCUUCCUGCCAUACUUAGAGAACCGGUGAACAUAUCUAGAUACAUGGAGAAGGCUAACGGGCUCGAGCACAAGUCUCCAAAUGGAAGAAUAUUGCUAUCUCUCGUAUGGAAUAGUAUUCGAGUGUAUGUACAUCCUCCAACAGACAGAUGUUAUUAUGCUCUUGAUAACUUGUUGGCCCUUGAUCUGAAAUCCACCCCGUGGUCUAGAUCAAUCGAUGACGAUGUAAAUGCUCUGAGUCGAGACAUCGAAUGCUUGAUCAUUGGGGAUAUGAUUGAGGAAAUGGUGAAGGAUAUGCACUCACAACUUGGAGUAUAGAUUCUAAAGAUGUAUGUUAAUCAGAAGGCAUAUAGAUUGUUGAUAGGGAGAAUAUUGUCUGGCCACUUGCUCUUUUAUUCGUUUAUCAGAUACUUCGAUUUUGUAUCAUAAUCUUAUACUAAUGGUGAGAGGAUCUGGAGAAGGUUGAAGUGAUAUCAGGAGAAUUACUAUGUAUUUUUUCUUGUAACUUUGAAAUGUUCAUGAAAGGAAUGGAAUUUCAUAGAGCAAUUUAUUGUGAAGAAAAUUGAUUCAGCUUUUGUCUA